AUGUUCUCUUUAAGCCACAUUCUAGUGAACUCUUCUGUCAGUGCCCGCAUUUUUCCUGAGAGGCCAUGGGCAGAAAGAGAGAAGCGGAAAUCCAACCCUAGUUCCUCAUGUCAACAUGGGAUAAAGAAAGCUGUACCGGUUAAUGGUGUGCCAGAAUUGAAGCAUGACGAUAGCAGUAAACGACAGAAGCACGACAUCGAAGAAUGGAGGUACAUCGCAGAGCUCUACGACAUGCAGAAUGUCGUAGCUUUUGACGUCACCAGUCUAAUUGCCUCCACCAAAUACCUAGGUAGCGAACCACGAAUUUUGAAAGUCACCUUGGCUGCGCCGGAAGCAUGGCAUGACAACAGGAAACUUGGGUCACCAGAAGUACGGUUAAGACCAUUCCUUCAAUUAGUACAGAACUCAACUACAGAUGAGCCAGCCUCAAUUGUACUUAUCUCAAACCAGCCAAGCACACAAACAACCGUUCAAAAAUCUUCAGCAGAUCGGCACUAUUUGUGUCGGUCACCCACAUCGAACCGAGCUCCUGAUGCGCCAACAAAUACAAUGCUGCUAAACCAAUACUCAGUUGUAUUCCAAGCUCUAGGAACUGCGCCAUCGACAUGA